AUGGUCCGGGCAGCUGAGCAGGACCAGAGUCUUUUCAAACAAAGGCACCGGGCAGAAAAUAAAUCUGAGCUGCAGAAUCCCAUGUCAGAGGCCCCAGUGCUGCAAAUAGCAGCUGCAGCUGCAGACCAAGGGCUGGUAUUUACAUGUCCACAGUGUGAAAAGACUCAUGAUGAGGACACCAAGAUUGACAGAGAUCAAGGAGUGGUUCCCAAUUACACAACUCAAAAUGAAGUGCUGGCGCCAGCACCAGCUCCACCCCGGGAAGAACCAAAUAAAGAGAAGCAGGCCGGAACUUCACCAGCAAAAGGUGGAAAUAUCACCUUUAUAGCCAAAGUCAAGGCUGAAGAUCUUCUUAGAAAGCCCACUAUCAAAUGGUUCAAAGGGAAAUGGAUGGACCUGGCCAGCAAAGCUGGGAAGCACCUCCAGCUGAAGGAAACCUUCGAAAGGCACAGUCGGGUGUACACAUUUGAGAUGCAGAUCAUCCAGGCUAAAGAGAACUAUGCCGGAAACUACAGAUGCGAGGUCACCUAUAAGGAUAAGUUUGACAGCUGUUCCUUCGAUCUUGAAGUACAUGAAUCUACUGGGACUACUCCAAACAUUGACAUCAGAUCUGCUUUCAAGAGAAGUGGAGAAGGUCAAGAGGAUGCAGGGGAACUUGACUUUAGUGGUCUCCUGAAACGUAGGGAGGUGAAACAGCAGGAGGAAGAACCUGAGAUAGACGUGUGGGAGCUGCUGAAGAAUGCGAAACCCAGCGAGUACGAGAAGAUCGCCUUCCAGUACGGCAUCACUGACCUGCGCGGGAUGCUCAAGCGGCUCAAGCGCAUGCGCAGAGUGGAGAAGAAGAGCGCAGCUUUUGCAAAAAUUCUCGAUCCUGCAUAUCAGGUUGAUAAAGGAGGCAGGGUAAGAUUUGCUGUGGAACUGGCGGAUCCAAAGUUGGAGGUGAAAUGGUAUAAAAAUGGUCAAGAAAUUCGACCCAGUACAAAAUACAUCUUUGAACAUAAAGGAUGUGAAAGAAUCAUGUUUAUCAAUAACUGUGUGCUAACAGAUGAUUCAGAGUAUUAUGUGACAGCUGGUGAUGAGAAAUGCUCCACUGAGCUCUUUGUGAGAGAGCCUCCAGUUAUAGUGACCAAACAGCUGGAAGAUACAAAAGCGUACUGUGGGGACAGAGUGGAAUUAGAAUGUGAGGUGUCUGAAGAUGAUGCCCAUGUAAAAUGGUUUAAGAAUGGUGAGGAAAUCAUCCCUAGUCCAAGAUCAAGACACUACAUUAAAGUUGAAGGCAAAAAACACAUUUUGGUCAUAGAAGAAGCAACAAAGGCUGAUACUGCAGAAUAUUCUGUAAUGACAACAGGAGGACAGUCAUCCGCUAAACUUACCAUUGACUUAAAACCUCUGAAGAUAUUGACGCCUCUGACUGAUCAGACUGUAAAUCUUGGAAAAGAAAUCUGCUUGAAGUGUGAGAUAUCUGAAAACUUAUCAGGAAAAUGGACUAAAAAUGGCCUCCCCAUUCAGGAGACUGACCGUCUAAAGAUUGUUCACAGGGGAAGAAUCCACAAAGUAGUGAUAGCCAAUGCUCUCGUCGAGGACGAAGGUGAUUAUGUAUUUGCACCAGAUGCCUACUCUGUUACUUUGCCUGCCAAAGUUCAUGUUAUUGAUCCUCCGAAGAUCAUACUGGAUGGUCUUGAUGCUGACAAUACAGUGACAGUAAUUGCAGGAAACAAGCUUCGUCUAGAGAUUCCCAUCAGUGGAGAACCACCUCCUAAAGCCAUUUGGAGCCGAGCAGAUAAGGCUAUUAUGGAGGGCGGUAGCCGAAUAAGAACUGAAAAUUACCCUGACAGCACCACUCUGGUUAUUGAUGUAGCAGAAAAAGAUGAUUCUGGUGUUUACCACAUAAAUCUGAAAAAUGAAGCUGGGGAAGCACAUGCAGCCAUCACGAUUAAAGUUGUGGAUGUCCCUGAUCCUCCAGUGGCGCCGAAUGUGAUACAUGUGGGAGAUGAGUGGUGCAUCAUGAACUGGGACCCUCCUCUCUAUGAUGGAGGGUCCCCAAUCUUAGGUUACUUCAUUGAGAGGAAAAAGAAGCAAAGCUCCAGGUGGAUGAGGCUGAAUUUUGAUCUCUGCAAAGAAACAACCUUUGAGCCCAAGAAUAUGAUUGAAGGUGUGGCCUACGAGGUCCGCAUCUUUGCCGUCAAUGCCGUUGGCCUCUCCAAGCCCAGUAUGCCCUCCAAACCUUUUGUUCCAUUGGCUGUAACCAGCCCACCUACUCUUCUGGCUGUUGACUCCGUAACUGACACCACUGUCACAAUGAAGUGGCGGCCCCCCGACCAGAUUGGUGCAGCAGGUUUAGAUGGCUAUGUGCUAGAGUAUUGCUUUGAAGGAAGUACAUCAGCAAAACAGUCUGGUGAAAAUGGGGAGGCUGCAUAUGAUCUACCAGCUGACAACUGGAUAGUUGCAAACACAGAGCUGAUCGAGAAGACCAAGUUCACCAUCACAGGUCUGCCAACGGAUGCAAGGAUCUUUGUGCGCGUGAAAGCUGUGAACGCCGCUGGUGCCAGCGAGCCCAAGUACUACUCUCAGCCCAUCCUUGUGAAAGAAAUCGUAGAGGCUCCAAAGAUUCGCAUCCCAAGGCACCUAAAGCAAACCUAUAUCCGCAGAGUUGGAGAAGCCAUCAAUCUGGUUAUACCUUUCCAGGGAAAACCAAGACCAGAAGUAACUUGGAAGAAAGAUGGUGCACCUAUUGAUAAGAAUCAGAUCAACAUUCGCAACUCUGAGACCGAUACAAUCAUAUUUAUCAGAAAAGCAGAGAGGAGCCAUUCUGGGAAAUAUGAUCUGCAGGUCAAAGUGGAAAAAUACAUGGAAACUGCAUCCAUUGAUAUCCAGGUUGUUGACCGUCCGGGUCCACCCCAAGUUGUGAAGAUCGACGAUGUCUGGGGAGAGAAUGUUGCUCUAUCAUGGACACCACCAAAGGAUGAUGGGAAUACUGCCAUUACAGGGUACACGAUCCAGAAGGCCGACAAGAAGAGCAUGGAGUGGUUCACUGUCAUUGAGCAUUAUCACCGAACCAGUGCCACCAUUACUGAACUGGUUAUCGGAAAUGAGUAUUACUUCCGGGUGUUUGCUGAAAACAUGUGCGGCCUCAGUGAGGAUGCAACAAUGACAAAAGAGAGUGCCGUGAUUGCCAAGGAUGGUAAAAUCUACAAAAAUCCAGUGUAUGAAGACUUCAAUUUCACAGAGGCACCCAUGUUUACUCAGCCAUUGGUCAACACCUACGCCAUAGCUGGUUACAAUGCCACCCUGAACUGCAGUGUGAGAGGAAAUCCUAAGCCCAAAAUUACCUGGAUGAAAAACAAAGUUGUUAUUGUGGAUGACCCAAGAUACAGGAUGUUCAGCAACCAGGGAGUCUGUACUCUGGAGAUUCGAAAGCCCAGCCCCUAUGACGGAGGCACCUACAGCUGCAAAGCAGUCAAUGACCUUGGGGCAAUGGAGAUCGAAUGCAAACUGGAGGUGAAAGGUGGUCUUUCCUUCUGCAGGCUCCUCUUGCAAGGUGUGCCUCCUAGCGUAAUUGAUUCAUACUUGCGAGAAUUGCACUCAAGCAAUCCUGAGGAAUACUAAGGGCCUGGGCACUGCCGCUCUGCUCACCACUGCUUUGAAAUCGGGUUGCAAUGAGAAAGCAUUUUCUGUUUUGCUCCCAGGCUCCCAAGUGUGGUUGUUUUCUUUCCUCCUGAUGUUGAAGAAAAAAAAAAGAUGUUUGCACAGAUUGCUUAAUUAAAAAUUGCAAACAAAAUCUCAUUUCAAGUUAGCAUUUUGGUCAUUGUUGUCUGUGCUUGGUCACUGUACUUUCCAAAAAAAGCAAGCUAUAGAAUAAGCAAAAGCAUUUAUUUUAAUUUAAAAUAGUAGGCUCUAAAUGCUUUGUUUUCCCCUAGAGUAAAAAAAACAGUACAAUACACCGUAAUAGAAUCUUAAAAACACAUCUUUCUUUUGAUCUAAGAGAUUUUUCUAAGCAAAGGGGAGUUGUUUAUUUCAUACAACCCUACUUAACACCAAGGGAUCUGUGCCCUUUUCCCCAUUUAAAGUCAUUACAAGACUUUUUAAAGUCUUUCAGACAAGUUUUCUCAACA